CGUCGUGUACAAAUACGGCACAGUCACGAUUUUUACAGCGCUGAUGAGACGACCUGUUGAACAAGCACUUUGAAGAAAGUCUGUCAAUAUGAUACUUUACUCGCUUGCCGUGGUCAGCGUGCUCAGUGCUACACUCACACGUUCCCAGAGUACAUCGACAACACUGCAGCUUCCCGUUGUCCAGACUCAGCUGGGAGCAAUCAGCGGAGGGAUACUAACUUCAAAGAACGGGAGACAAUACGAAGCUUUCCGAGGCAUUCCGUACGCCAGACCACCUGUAGGAGACCUGCGCUUCUCUAAGCCCCUGUCUCAUCCUGCUUUUGACCAGGGACACUUUGAUGCUGGAGAAUAUGGAAAAUUGUGCUGGCAGGAUGUUCCAGGGCUGAUAAGGUUCAAUGGAUCAUUAAUGAGCGAGGAUUGUCUUUUUCUGAACAUCUUCAGACCACGCAAAGGGCAGUCUAGUGAUCCUACAGACAGACCUGCGCGACCUGUGUUUAUUUUUAUCCACGGGGGAGCCUUCAUCUCGGGGGGCUCUGAGUUCUACGAGCCGGGCCAGAUGGUGACGGAGGGGAACGUUGUCGUGGUAACCGUCAACUACCGGCUAGGUAUCUUUGGCUUCCUCAGUACAGGAGACUCGAGGUUUCCAGGGAACUACGGAAUCUGGGACCAACUGCUUGCCAUCAGAUGGGUCAAGGACAAUAUCCAAGCCUUUGGAGGCGACCCUGACCAGAUCACAGUGGGAGGAGAAUCGGCAGGGGCGGUGAGUUCCGCCUUCCUCAGCCUGUCUUCCCACUCUAAAGGAUUGUUCCACAGAGCUAUCUUGCAGAGUGGUGCCGCCACGACCUCGGGCGCCAUCCAGCGGAAUCCGCUACAGGGUUUGCUUGACCUUGCUUGUAACAUCCAUUGUCCAUGUUCUCGAUCGUCGUUGCCUUCCGGCGAUGUUCCGUCUGACCAGGACACAUUGACGUGUCUGAAGAAAGCUGCUCCAGAGCAACUGAUGGCAGCGCAGUACCCAGACAGGUCGCUAGCGAGAACAAUUGUUGACUAUGUCUACAUGCCGAUAGUGGACGGAGACUUAAUAGCCAACGACCCUGCGGAAAUGCUACAGAACGAGGACUAUCUCACUCAGAUAGGAUUUUAUGACCGUGACUACCUCAGUGGCUGUGUCAACAACGAAGGAGGGUUUUUCUUAAGUCAGACAUUGUACCAAACGGGCAAUGCAGCACUGCUCCUGAACUUUGACUUCUAUGACCUUGAUCUCGUACCCCUACUGAUGGAAAAGAGGUAUGGCAAGAGUUCACCAUAUGCAGAAGAAGUGGUCAAAUUCUUUUACACCUUUCCGAGAUACCCAGGCACUGCGCAGCUGAACCUUAAGGCUGUACUGGACACUCCAGGAGACACGUUCUUUUACGUUCCGCUCACGGAGUUUGCACGCGCCGUAGCCAGGGGUCAAAGGUCAGAGAGACGAAACCUCGUCUACUUCUUCGAACACUACCCUGCGUACCUGGUCGGAAGAGAACUGGGUACUCCCCAUGCAGUCGAUCUUGUUUAUGAGUUUGACAUGGAUCCUUCCUUCUUUGGAAACGCCAGUCUCUGGAAUGAUGAUGACGAACAUCUGCGUCAGGUGUUCAUAGGAAUGAUCGUGGGUUUUAUGGAGACAGGGAAUCCGUCCACAGCAUUCCAGGCAUACUUGAAAGAUGGCUGGAGCGACUUCGAUCUCCGCACUGAGAGUUAUCUGUCCAUAAAACCGGACUCCCUGACGAUGCAGCGUCACCUUCGCGCACAUGCAGUCUCGCUUUGGGUUGACCUCAUACCAAGUCUCCUUGACCCUGUUGUGCAUCUUGGAAACCGCUCGUCAACGCACAUACCCACGUUGUCAGAAUUAAUAGGCUAACAACACUUUCUAAGCGUGGAAGGCAUGCUAUGAAUGUAACGACUUUCUAUUUGUUUUGUUUGUUUUUUGUUUUUGUUUUGUUUUUAUUAUUAUUGUUUUAAAGAUUAUUUAAUUCAA